GAAAUUAAGUCAAGAAGAGUAUGCGCGACAAGAAAGAGAGCAGAGGCUAUCAGCUGCUGAUGAAAAGGCAGGUUCAGCUGCAGAGGAAGUAAAAACUUACAAGCGGAGAAUAGAAGAAAUGGAAAAAGAAUUACAGAAAACAGAGUGGUUAUUUAAAAACCAGAUCGCUACCCAUGAGAAGAAAGUUCAUGAAAACUGGCUCAAAGCUCGUGCUGCAGAAAGAGCUAUAGCUGAAGAGAAAAGUGAAGCUACCAACUUGAGACACAAAUUAUUAGAAUUAACACAAAAGAUGGCAAUGCUGCAAGAAGAACCUGUGAUUGUAAAACCAAUGCUAGGAAGACCAAAUACACAAAACCAUCCCCGGAGAGGUAAGGGAGCACCUCUUAAAGGGCAAAAAUCUAUUUCUGGU